AUGCAGCCUCUUGUCCAGCGAUUGGAGAUUCACGCCUCGGAACGCGAGAAGUUCACCGAGUCCGCCUGGCGAGCUCUCGCCUACAGUCUGCUCUGGAGCCUUUCGUUGUAUCUGCUCUUCUUCGGGGACACCGUGAACGCGCUCUACCAACCGUGUCAUGUCCUCAUCGGCAUCAGAUUUACAGCUAGUGCUGGUCUCUGCCCCUCAGCCCGUUAG